UUCGUUGAGUAUCCCUCCCUGAUGACUUAUUUUCCAUGUUCAUUCAUCUUGCAUAUUUUCGUGUCCUGUGCAGAAUGAUAAUGUUGAUCAUAUCUGUCUUACAUCAUAUUACUCCACUGACAGACAAUCUUAUCUAGCUCGUACGUCCAUGAAUGGUAUUCGCCAAUAUAUAGUGAUGCUCAUCUGGUUCCAACCCCUGACAGUUUAUGCCAAUUUUCCGCCUCAUAAUUCUGACAUUCCUUUCCUGCAGGGGGCAAGCUGUGAAAAGUUCACUGUUCACUUCUACUGCGAACAGAAUGAUUCAGACUGGCAUCGCCACCAUUAUCGUCCUCGAGUACUCUGCAUUUCUCCUGAACAAGUUGGAGGGCUCGGAGCUCGUCGAGUCUGCCGUGGACUACUAUUUGAAUUCUCCGACGGCUGUCGCAGUGGAGAAAGGAGCGAAAGAGAUCUGUCGUCAAGGCUACCACGGAGAGGAACUGGGAAAGAAGGUUCUUGAGUUCAUCCUUGAAAAUCGCUUGUCGAAGGACUUGACAGAAAAGAAGUAG